CUGCCCGCCCCCGCCCGGUCCGGCGCCUUCCCGCAGCUGCCGGAGGCCGGCUCCGCGCGCGCACUCGCGGGAAAGACCUCCCCCACCCCUCCCGGAGGCGACCGCGAGGAUCGAUCCGGGGCGCCCUCGGAGCGGAGGGAGCCGGCCACCACCAGCCGCUCUGCUCGCCUUUGCCCCGCGCCGGCCGCCACUGCCAAAGAGGCCGCCAGCAGCGCGCAUCCCGGUCGGGAGCACCGAGUCCGGGUGCGGAGGGGCUGCGGCCGAGCCCGGCUGGGGCGGGUGGGCCCGAGGCCAGGACCCCGGGGGCCGCGGCGAGGUCAGACUGCCAAGAUGUGAAAGUAAAGAUACAUAAAAUAACAAAGAUGGUUUUGAGCCAGAAUGUCUCAGCAAUUGGGCCACUCAAUUUGUAUCCCGUAGCGCACUUCAGCCUCGUGUUUGGUAUUUCGUAUAUUUUACACGAUUUUUCAAAUGAAUACUGCACUUUAAAGAUGACAUUACAAAAUUUCCGGUCAGUCUUAUCGUGGGAAGUAAGAAACCAUUCAGUUGUACCAACUCACUAUACGUUAUGGUACACCAUCAUAAGUAAACCACAAAAUAUGACACUCGUCAAGGACUGUACCAAUAUCACGAGAUCCUUUUGUGACCUAACAGAUGUGUGGGGAAACGUGACGGACACAUACAUCCCCAGAGUGGUGGGAUUCAGAGGAGGCACACAGCUGGUCAAUUGUAUGGGCUCUUUCUUCCUGGAAACUGACACAAUGUCUUUGGACCCACCAGAGUUUGAGAUUGUCGAUUUUACGGACCACAUUAAUGUGAAAGUGAAAUUUCAGUCGGUCGCUCCCAAGAUACUAGAUGGAGAAGAAUUACAGUUUUACUUAGCACACGUCAUCGAAGAACAGUCAGGGGGGAUUGUUAAGAAGUAUAAACCUGAAGUAAAUGGAAACAUUACUGAAAAUUUCAAUUAUGUCAUCAACAAGUUAAUCCCAAACAUAAACUACUGUGUAUCUGUUUAUUUUGAGCCUAAAGAUCCGGAAAAAAUUAAUAGAUCUCCCUUAAAAUGUACCCUUCUUCAACCUGGACAGGAAUCAGAGUCGUCAGAAUCUGCCACAAUAGGAGGAAUAAUUACUCUGUUUUUAAUAGUUGCUGUCUUCAUAAGCACCAUAAUGAUACUGAAACGGAUUGGUUAUAUAUGCUUAAGAAACGACUUCCCCAAAGUUUUGGAUUUUUAUAAAUUGUCAGCCUGGGUCUUUCCUGAGCUGCCUCCGUUGGAAAAAGUGGCUACCGUGGAGAUCAUUCAUGUCAACCGAAAGAAGAAAGUGUGGGAUUAUAGUUAUGAUGAAAGUGACAGCGAUGACGAAACAGCCCCGCAAGUAAGCGCAGGUGGUUACACCAUGCAUGGACUCAGGCCCCUGGGGCCCACCUCCACCUCCUCGGCCACCUUGGAGGACUGCAGUGACCAGGCCACCGAGGAGCCAGACCUGCCCGAGCCUGAGGCUGUCACUGAGGCCGCCAUGGCACCAGGGCCCAGCCCCUGGCAGUCAGAAUGCACAAGUGGGGCCCACGAGGUCAGUGGGGAUCUGCUGCAGGAUGCCCUUUCUGAGGAGGGCAGCAGCCCCACUGAGGACUCUGGGGACAGAAUUAUCUUCAAUGUGGAUUUGAACUCAGUGCUUGUGAGGGUCCUUGACGACGAGGAUGAUGACAACUCGGAAGUCACUCCAAUGUUAUCAUCUCUUCCAGAAGAGGCUGUCAUGCCAGAGGGUCCCGCUGAAACAGACUCGAGCCUUCUGGUGGCCCGCGGAGAAGGGACACAGCUGCCCUUCCCCAGCCCCUCCGCGGAGUGCCUGUGGCCUGAAGAUGCUCCUUCUGAUCACAGUGACACUUCCGAGUCAGAUGUUGACAUUGGGGAUGGUUAUAUAAUGAGAUGAAUGAAUCCAGAAAUAUUUAAUUAACUUGGACGAAUGCUACCUCCAAGCUUCUCCCUCCUAGAACCCUUGUUCUCCAAGGGAAUGAGUAGGAGACUGCAGAGUCACUGUUCUUCCUGGUGACAUCAUCUAUGCAAAUUCCCAGUAAGGGGAAGGGGAGGUGGGAACCGCACUAUCCUGGUAUCAUUCAGUGCACUGUUUACAAGUUCAAAGCAAUUGGCUUUGAAGGGAAAAUGCCCUGCCCAUCCCCUUUACUCUCAUGAAGUUAUAACGUUUCUGCAUCCUGUCCCCCAGAGUAAGGAGCAAGAUUUCCUGUGAUUUUCAUGGGGUGGUCCAGGGCCCCGUAAGAGUUCUGGGAAAUUACUAAAUCGGGCCAGAGUGGAGUGGGGGAGAGAAAAGGCAGACACUCAGCAGGGUUCAUAGUGGGAGCAGUCAGCACAGGCUCAAGGAAAGAGCAAGAAAGAGGGGGAGGCAGAGGGUGCAUCUGGAGAGAAAGGAAGGACACACACAAGGAAACAGAAGCACAUGCUCUGAGUUGGAAGUAGGGAAGGCCCAGCCACGUCCUGGCCAUCUCCCAGAUGAUAUUCUGUCUCCUAAGCUCUUGAGAAUUCAACUUUCAGCCCCUGGUUCAGCCCUCUUCAGUUUGAGUGAGGAAGACAGACUCACACACAUAAAUUACUCUAGAGCCUGGCAGAUGACUUAUAGAGAAAGAUUUGCAUUAAGGAGAGGGACUAAAAUCUCAGCGUCAUUUUUUAAGAUUUAAUUUUGUAUAAUGGAGGUUGGUAAAAAAUAAAACAUACCUUUUCAUACAAA